AUGAACAUUCUAAUUCUUUUAUUCAUUUAUAAUGUUUUAAGUUCAUGUGAACUAAAAUAUAAAUUAAUUUAUAACCUUGAUGCAUAUGAAGUGUUUUGUCCAUUUCCACAAUUUUGUCAAGGGAAUAUAACAAUUCCAUCAGAACAUCCAGAAAAUCAUAAACCAGUCAUAAGAAUUGGUUCAAAUGCUUUUAAAAAUUCAUUAAUAACAAUGAUAGAAUUUCCUAAUUCAAUAAUAGAAAUAGGUAAUUAUUCUUUUUAUGAAUGUAAAGAAUUAAUAGAAUUAAAUCUUCCAAAUUCACUUCAAAUAAUUGGUAAUCAAGCCUUUUAUUCAUGUAAAAAAAUAACUCAAGUUAUUCUUCCAAAUUCAGUUAUUUCAAUUGGAAAUUUUGUUUUUGGGUCAUGUACUGGAUUAAAAACAGUUCAAUUAUCAGAGUCAUUAACUAAUUUAUCAGCUCAUUGUUUUGCUGAUACAGGUCUUAUUUCAAUUAAUUUUCCUCCAAGAAUUAAUGUAAUUAAUGAAUAUGCAUUUUCUGGAUGUACUAAUUUGAAAAAUAUAACAUUUAAUUCAUCUCCAAUUAUUAGAAAAUAUGCAUUACAUACAUAUUCUUCAACAACAAUAAUUAAUAUGUUUGGAUUAUAUGAUUUUGAUGAAAUGUCAUGUUCAAAUAUUAAUUUUAAUAAUUUAGAAAAUGAAACAAUUUAUGUUACUCCAAGUUAUCAAAACAAUACUUUUUGUGGAAAAAAUAUUAGUAUUAUUAAUGAACAAGUAGAAUAUCUUUGUAAAGAAGAAGAACAAAAUAAAUGUAAAGAAUAUUAUUUAAUAAUUACUUCACAAGACUUUUAUAGAAAUAAUAUAAAUAUUUGUUUUUUAAUAAAUAAUAAACAAAUGAAAUUUAUUUAUGAACAUUCACAAUAUUAUUUUGUUGAUUGUUUUAAUUUAACUAAUAAAAUUAAAUAUUAUUCUUAUUCUAGUGUUACUAAUGGUGCUUUUAAAGUUCGUUAUUCAUCUUCUUUAAAUAAUAUAGUUGAAUUAAUUAAAAUUAUUACAUCUUAUUGCUCAUCAUCAAAUACUCAAUUUAUAUUAAAUCAAUUUGGAGUUUCAAAACAUCAAUAUUCAGAUAAUUUAUGUUCUUCUGGAGAUAGUAUUAUUGAUGUAUAUUCAAAUGGAGAUAUAAUUGAUAAUGAAAGAGCAAUUAUUACACCAUUAAAUUUACAGUCUCAUUAUAUUGGAACAAAUUCAAUGUAUUAUUCUUUACCAAUAACAAAACCAAUAUUAUCAUCCUCAAAUAAAUACAUUUUUGAAUUAAUUUCUGAUUCAAAUGCAAGACAAUAUGAAUAUAAAAAUGACCAUUUAUAUACUUUUAACUCUAAUAUUUCUACUUUUACUCCAUCAAAUUCAUUAGUACAAAUUGCUUAUGGAAAUGAAUGUAUUUCUCAAUUUAAUUGUACAAAAGAUAUUACUAAGAAUCAAUUUAUUUUUACUACUUCUUGUGUUGAUUCUAAUGCAUUUAGAACAAUUGAUGACCAAAUUCAAUUAGUUAAAUAUUCUAAUAAAAAUUGUUUUAAAGACUCAUUUGAAAUAGCAUAUUCACCUUCAAUUAAUGGUAUUAUUUUAAUUGGUAAUCAAUAUUAUUUUAUCGAAGUUAUAAAGAAAGAUAGUUCUGCAGAAACAGUUUAUGGAAUAUAUUCAAAUUCUUAUAUUAAAACAUUAUCUAAUAUUUGUAUUCAAAUAGGUGAAACUUCUUCUUUUAAAUACGUUUAUGGGUUUUAUGGUAUUACAGAAUCAAAACUUUAUUAUAAAACUUUAUACUCUAAUUCAGCUCAUUGUAAUGGUUCUUUUACUUAUCAAAUUAUUGAUAAUUUCCAAUUAUAUCCUCCCCAAAUAUUAACAAAAGGUAAAAUUGGUUAUUUUUUAAAUUCUGAUUUAAAAUGUACAUUAGAAGGAAUUGAAAAAGGAUAUCUUACUAAAUACUUCAACAUUGAACAAUGUGUUUUUCAUAACACUAAAUACCUUAUUGUAAAAGAUCAAUUAGUUGAAUAUCAAUAUUCAAAUUGUAAUAAAAAUGAAGGUAAAAAAUUAAUACAAACAUAUUCACUUAAUAAAUGUAAUGAAAUUAAUGAAUACAUACAAGAAUAUGUUGGAUUUAUUAUUACUUUUAAUUGUUCUUCUAAAUUUACAAUCGGUUGUUUAACAUGUGAUUCAAUUGAAUGUUUGUCUUGUUCAAACAAUUUAUUCUUAAAAGAUAAUAAAUGUCAAAAUUGUUCAGAUAUGUAUGGAUUAGAUUGUAUUUCAUGUGAUAUAAAUACAUGUCUUAAAUGUAAAACAAAUAAACUUCUUAAUGGUAAAUGUAUCAUUGAUAAUUCAAGUAUUUCUCCUGACACUACAAAAGAUAAUAUCAAUGUUCCUAAAAUUAUUUGUAUUUCUCUCGGUGUUAUUGGUUGUUUCAUUUUAAUUAUUUGUACUAUUGUACUUAUUAUUAAAAUUAGAAAUAAAAAGAAAAACUUUUUUACUCCCUUUAAUAAAUUAAAAUAA